CUUCAGAUUGACAUAUUUGACAAAGCUGUGCUAUUGGUCCCAGUGCAUCUUCCCGGACAUUGGGCUCUUGGGGUAAUGUCAACAAUAAUUAUUGUACAUCUACCUAACAAUUUAUAGAGGCUAAUAUUAUAACUGUCAGUGGUAUUCAUGUAAUGCAGAUGAGUGAAGUUAAUUAAAUACAUUGUAUAGUAUACUCUCCUAAGGUGGUGGAUGUCACUGGAAAGAGAAUAUCAUACUGGGAUUCUUGGAAACAAUGUGUUCCUCCCAACUUCUUUGAGAAUAUCAGGUAA